GAAUGUGGUUUUGAUAGAGGCCAUUAACUACACACUUAAACGCGUAUAUAGCUUCAACUGGACUUUCAAUUGGCCUGACAUCGAAAGUAUAUCGAUUCAGAUCUGUCUGUCUUUAAAAAUCUGCCGUAUUUUCAUAGGUCGCAAUUUGCCUGCCCAUCUCCAACGCAGUAACAAGGUAUUCGUUUCAUCCAGUUAAAUGUUCAGCGUAAAUUGGUGGUAAGUUUCAUUAUUUACAUGAUUACUUCUGUUACAUGAUAUAAUAUAUUGACAUUUUUUAUAUUUGUAGAUUGCAAAGAUACCCAGAAUGGCUCACCAAAAGCAAUUAAACAUCAACAGGAAAUUGAUGGUAGGCAUCCCUCUGUUAUUUCUUCUCUCCUUGCUUAUGGUACUGCUCUUAACGCAACACAAGGGGACGUCUCUGGACCUUGAGGAUUCUGCCAUAUAUCGCCGUUUUUCGUUGGACAGCGACUCGCUGUUCAUCCAAAAUGACACAAAGAUGGACUUACCGUGCACCAAAGAGCUAAACAUUUCUGAUGGCACGGUGCAGGGAAUCAUCUCAAGACUUAAUGUUACCAACGAUUAUGUUAGCCUAGUACGAAUCAAUCUCGUCUUUAUCGAUGACAACCUACCAGACAACUCAGAGCAGAGUAACCCAUCGGUCUGGCACUGGGGGCUUGGUGGCAGGGGAAAAACCUUACUCCAUUUCCCCUACGACAACAAGUCUUUGUCUCUGAACACUCUGAGCUUCGGGUUUCACUGGGUCAAUGUCACAAUCGACAACACUGGAGCAUUAAACGAAUCGUAUUCCGAUGGUUGCUUGGGAUAUACAUUGUCCAAAGUCCUGCGUCAAGUUCGGCGUCAGUUGAAGAAUACAGGUGGUGCUUCACAGGAUGUCAAGGAUGACGUCUUAUGUAAAGAAAGGUAUUUAAGCUCACCGUUGUUUGGGGCUACGUUGAUUCCUGGUUAUAGUCUCUUCGAUCUGCAAUCGAGCAGCUAUUACGAAUGUUGGAAUAUCAUGAAUAUAGAGACAUGUGAUCAGGACAACUGUUUAGUUUACCCUUCGUUUACAAUUGGAUGUACUAUCGUUACUAUUUCUUUUGGGAUUACUUACAUAUUGCUCUUGUUGGCCCUCAUCUGGGAAUUGUGGAGGAUCUACUCCAGAAAUUUUAAUUACCAGGAUGAAGGCUCUGGAGAGUCAGUAAACAUCUUACGAAUCAAUCUUAUCCCACCUGUGUUGCUCAUGCUUGCUUCAAAUAACACACGGCAUCACAAAAUGUUCAACAUGACAUACUGGGCCUUGGUUUAUGCUGUACCAUUCAUCAUUUACUUUGUAGCUUUCCUGUGGUAUGCCACCCGAGUUGAUGAAUACGCUUACAGAAGUUUCCAGCGUGGAGAGAUGUUCACCCGAACCAAUGCAUGGGGUCUUGAUUUUGGAUUAGCCAACAUCUUAUACAUUGAUGGAGCUGUAGUUUUCUUGUACUUUAUUUACAAGUACCGCCUUAGUGACAAUGGUACUCAAGGACAAUUCAUUGAGGAACAAUACAACUGGAAGAGUAAGAAGACGAGGGUUCUUUACUACAUUGCUGUGGUAAUUUUCUGUUUUUUCCGAUUCUCAGCGACAGCUAUGCUCUUGGUCGAAAUCAUUGUUUUAACCUCAAUUGGAAUAGCCAUAAAUAUUAGGUAUGGAAGCCCCGUCUGGAUCAAUAUCAUCCUUGGUGCAUUUUUCUUUGUUGCUAACAUAAUUCAGUUUUUUGACAGCUACCAACACCUCUUCAGCAAGAUUCACUCUGUCGGCACAAAAGUGGACCGGGAUGACAGUUUGCAAAACAAAAUCUUUCAGCAGACAGGUGACGGAUCUCCGCAAUUACAAUUCACGAUAGAGUCCAGUCUCCUCCGUGACAUUAUCCGAAAAUGGCUACCUUUGUACAGUCAUGUCUUCAAUACUAUCAAGCACAUCAUCAUCGGAAUAGUCUUUCUUGUCAUCGUCGCUCUCAUUGUUGUCUUCAUUGACAGAACCACUCAUGUUUCUUCAUUCGUCGAGUACGUUGUCACAACAGUACCUUUGGUGAUUGCGGCUGCAGGGAGAUUAGGAGGGAGUUCUCUUACAGCUGGUGGAAAAGCAAAGAACAGCACCCAAGACAAACUCAUGAAACUCGAAAAGGAUCUAAGAGAGUACGCCCAGACAGGCGAAUUCCCGCUGCCUGAAGCUUCCUGUGGGCAAUCGUUCUACAGAUGGCUCUCCUGUCUCAUGUGCUGCGUAUCGGAACCAGAUCAGCAGGAUCCAAACCAAGGCCAAACACAGAACCAAGAUCCUGCUGCUCCUGCCGGAUCCAUAAAUCAGUCUACCGACCCGUCAGAGCAUUCUGUACCCGGUAACGGUCACGAUGAUCAACCUCCAACUUCAGUCGCAUCCGUCUCUUUACCCCAAGGUAGCUCCAAGACUGCUCAGUCUUCGCUUUAGCCAUCACCAAUAUACUUAUGAACCAUUUUUAUCAGGAUGGACUUUAGGAAUUCAGUAGGUCACGAUCGAAUGAUUCAUUUAUGAUUGUUUCCCUCACGUUAUCCCAUUUAAACAAAAUAUUCCGCGUUGAAUUUGCGACCCAUAAGAGGCUACCUAAUUUCCUAGUGUAACAACGGCUAUUCACCAUCAGUUCGAAUGUCGGUUCUUGCGUGGCAGGUCUAUUCCUGUUUUAGUUCUCCAAGCUACUCUUUCCAAGGAUAGUCGUAGAUCGAGGUUUGUAACUUUUGCAAGACUCCACCAUUAUUGGGGAGAGUGACUCAUAUAGUUUAAAUUGCAAUUGAUCUAUAUCCCACAUUGUUUUCGAAUACUCCUUUCGCAUGUCAUAUCCCUUCACAUUACUAGUACUUUAUCAUUGUUUACUUUAUAUUAUAAUGUAGAUUGUGAAUCAACCAUUGGAAUUGGGACAGAAGGCUUUAUGUUAUGCCACAGUAAUUUGGUUAAUUUCUUCUGUCCCUGGCGUUCCAGUGUUUGAUAUUUCUUAUCUUGUAUUGUUUAUGCUGAAAUGUAUUGGGUUUUUUGUAAUUUCCUUUGCCGAAUAAAUGAUAAUAAUAAUGAUGAUGAUGAUAAUGAUAAUAAUAACAAUUACUGUGGUGAUGUUGACAGAUUUAUUGGAUCGAUAGGCAUGGAAAGUUGACCUUCAACAGGGACAUGGCAACCAAACAGAAUGAAAAUGGGUCUUUUUAGAUAAUUCAUGUUUGUACUAAUUGGCUUAAUUAAACAGUUACAUGUAAUGCAUUAUCUCGCACUGAUGUAAUCUUUGUCUCUCUCUCUCUCUCCCUUCAUAAACAUAUAUGAAUGUGUUGUGUAACAGCUAUAUUCUGUAUAUACCCGCGAUUUCAUUAAAAAUAGCGGCAAUCUUCGAGGUUUAUAUGGCUUUGAUAUCAAGAAGUUCCGGGAGCUCCAGACAGACCCCAACCGCAUAGCACUGCCGUAUAUGAUUAUGGAAGGGUUGGGCCAUGGUCCCCAAAAGUUCUUCAACCAAGAAAAAAAAAAGGAAAGAAAAGCAAAGGAAACGAGUUUAUAUAGAUGGCGCUAUAUUGGUGAUCCAGAUUUAUUUUUCUCUGAGACGAUUUAUGCUCCAAAAUUUGACAAAUUGAAGCAAAACUGAAGUUUAAGUUGGACAGUCGGACAGAGCUGCAUAAAUGGUAAUUUAUGUUCUCGAUUAAGUGGAUUGUUGUGAGAUUGUUCUGAGAGUGGUAACAUUAUCUUCGCUCGAACUGGCACUUCGGUCCCACACGAUGCAAUUCUUGUGAUGUUUACAUUACACUUCCGGGUAGCAUGUCCGAAGAGAACUCGAUUACUCUACGUUCAGGUACGAAGUCAGAAGCCAAAGCUGACAAAAAGAGUAAAGUUAAAGGAAGUAGUACCGGUAUAACUGAAAUUGUGAAAGAAAUUUUCAAGGAUAAAGAGUUUAAAGAAAUACUCAAGAAGUUGAUUGAGGAAUGCAUCGAUGAUGUGAGAGCUAAACUAUCUGCAAGAAUAAACAAAAAUGAAGAAAGAAUAGACAUGAUAGAUGGAACCUUGCAUGAUAUACGAAAUGAAAUUGAUAAAUCACAAAGUAAUAUGGUUCAUACUGAAAAUUUUCUUGAAAAAACAACUGAAAAGCUGUUGCACCUUGAAAAUGAAAUCACAGAGCUCGAACAAUAUAGUCGCCGCAAUUCUCUCAGAAUCUAUGGUGUUGAUGAGUCAUUGAAUGAAAACACUGAUAACAUUGUUAUUGAUAUUGUCACCAAAACUCUUGGUUGCCCCCUGACGCAUGGAGACAUUGAUAGGUCCCACAGAGUUGGCAAGAGGCCUCCAGGUAUCGCCACACGUAACGUCAAAGACAUCCAGGACAUCACAUCUGCCGUCGACAGUACACCCAUCACUGAAGGACUGCCUGAUGUCGGUAAGGGCACGCAGAAAAAAACUACUGAGACCAAGAGGAAGGUUGCAGUUGAUAAGCCUAGACCAAGGUCCAUACUGGUAAAGUUUUGUUCUUACAGAAAACGAAAUGAGAUAAUGCUAAUCAAGAAGAAGCUGAAAGGAUCAGGACUCACAUUAGCAGAAGACUUAGUCAAUGAAAAGUUCAAACUUCUAAUGGCCGCGAGAAAAAAUCCAAUGGUUGAAAACGCAUGGUAUUAUGACGGAAGAAUUUUUGCCACUGUGAAGACGAACGGAAGUGAGCCAGUAAAAAAACUUAUAACUUCAUUAAGUCAACUCAACAACUUGUGUAAAAGCCUUUAAGGCUCCUGGCUCUGAAUAAG